AUGACCACUUUACUACUAGUGUUUGUGUGUUUGCGAGCCAUCACCGCGGCCACCUCUGUGGUGCUCUCAGACAGUAGUGAUGGCCUGGAAGUGAAGAUACCCGAGCAGUCUCCCCUACGCGUUGCCCUGGGAAGCUCCCUGAACAUCCCCUGCUACUUCAACAUCCCGGAGGAAGAGGACACCAGUGCUCUCCUGACCCCACGGAUCAAGUGGAGCAAGCUCUCAAAUGGAACAGAAGUUGUCUUGCUCGUGGCCACCGGUGGGAAAAUCCGUCUCAACACGGAGUACAGGGAGGUGGUCUCCUUGCCCAAUUACCCUGCCAUCCCCACCGAUGCCACCUUGGAAAUCAAGGCGCUGAGAUCCAACCACACUGGGAUUUACCGCUGUGAAGUGAUGUAUGGGAUUGAGGACAGGCAAGACACAAUAGAGGUCCUAGUAAAAGGCGUCGUGUUCCACUACAGAGCAAUCUCCACGAGGUACACCUUGAACUUCGAGAAGGCCAAGCAGGCCUGUAUCCAGAACAGCGCCGUCAUUGCUACCCCCGAGCAGCUGCAGGCUGCCUAUGAGGACGGGUACGAGCAGUGCGAUGCCGGCUGGCUGGCUGACCAGACUGUCAGGUACCCCAUCCAUCUGCCCCGGGAGCGUUGUUACGGCGACAAGGAUGAGUUUCCAGGAGUGAGGACCUACGGAGUCCGCGAGACUGAUGAAACCUAUGAUGUUUACUGCUAUGCAGAGCAAAUGCAAGGCAAAGUCUUCUACGCCACCUCCCCCGAGAAGUUCACCUUCCAGGAAGCAUUCGACAAAUGCCGCAGCUUGGGAGCGCGGCUGGCCACCACGGGGGAGCUGUACCUGGCCUGGAAGGAUGGCAUGGACAUGUGCAGCGCAGGCUGGCUGGCCGACCGCAGCGUCCGCUACCCCAUCUCCAGAGCACGGCCCAACUGUGGGGGGAACCUGGUGGGCGUGCGGACGGUGUACCUGUAUGUCAACCAGACGGGGUACCCGCACCCCCACUCCCGCUACGAUGCCAUCUGCUACAGCGGUGAGGACUUUGAGACUCUAGUCCCGGGGCAGUUCACUGACGAGGUGGGCAGCGAGCUGGGCAGUGCCUUCACCGUGCAGACUGUCACCCAGACCGAGGUGGAGCUGACCCUGCCCCGCAACGCUACCGAGGAGGAGGCCCGCGGCAGCAUUGCGACCCUGGAGCCCAUGGAGAUCACCCCCGCUGCCACGGAGCUGUACGAGGGCUUCACCGGCCUGCCCGAUCUCCUCGCCACCGUUGCCACAGGAGAGACAUCAUCCCCAGGGGAGGAGAACGUGACCAGAGAGGAAGUCACGGGGGUAUGGGCUGUGCCUGAAGAGGUCACUACGUUGGUUUCAGUCACCACUGUCACCACCGAAACGGUAGAGGUGAGCUCGGUGGAGGAGGCGGUGGGGGUGACUGCCACUCCAGGGCUGGAGCCUGCCUCGGCGUUCACAGUGGAAGAUCAUCUUGUGCGAGUGACAGCAGUCCCUGAUGUCGCCCUCAUUCCCCGGCAGCCCAUUUCCCCCACCGGUGUGGUGUUUCACUACCGUGCCGCCACCAGCAGAUACGCCCUCUCCUUCGUGCAAGCCCAGCAGGCCUGCCUGCAGAACAAUGCGGUUAUCGCCACCCCCGAACAGCUGCAGGCUGCCUACGAGGCUGGCUUCGAUCAGUGCGAUGCCGGCUGGCUGCGGGACCAGACGGUCAGGUACCCCAUCGUGAAUCCCCGCAGUAACUGUGUAGGAGACAAAGAGAGCUCUCCAGGCGUGCGGUCGUAUGGCAUGCGCCCAGCCUCGGAGACCUACGACGUGUACUGCUACAUCGACAGGCUAAAGGGUGAGGUGUUCUUUGCCACCCAACCAGAGCAGUUCACCUUCCAAGAAGCCCAACAGUACUGUGAGAGCCAAAAUGCCACCCUGGCCUCUGUUGGGCAGCUCCACGCUGCCUGGAAGCAGGGGCUGGAUAGAUGUUACCCUGGCUGGUUAGCCGACGGCAGCCUGCGGUAUCCUAUCGUGAGCCCCCGGCCCGCCUGCGGGGGAGAUGCGCCUGGUGUCAGGACCAUCUACCAGCACUACAACCAGACGGGAUUUCCUGACCCGCUGUCACGGCAUCAUGCCUUCUGCUUCAGAGCUCUGCCAUCUGUGGAGGAGGAGGGGGUUACCUCACUCUUUGAAGAAGAGGUGAUGGUGACCCAAGUGAUCCCCGGGGUGGAGGGGAUACCUUCCGGGGAGGAAACUACUGUGGAGAUGGAGUUUUCCACCGAAAUUGAGAACCAAACAGCCUGGGGAACAGAGGUCUUCCCAACUGACGUAUCGCUGCUCUCAGUGAGUCCAUCUGCUUUUCCUCCAGCUACCAUAAUACCAGAGGAAACAAGCACCAAUGCUUCCAUCACUGAAGUGUCAGUGUCAGGAGAGAUCCCUGAAUCCGGAGAGCAUCAAGUCAGUGGUGAAUCUUCAGCAUCUGGAUGGGUAUCUGGAGUCCCAGAUACAAGCGGAGAACCAACUUCUGGAGGUUUUGAGCUUAGUGGAGAACACUCAGGGAUUGGAGAAAGUGGAUUACCAUCUGUAGACCUGCAUACCAGUGGCUUUCUACCUGGAGAAAGUGGCCUGCCCUCAGGGGACCUGAGUGGCUUGACUUCUGGCACUGUUGAUAUCAGUGGCUUACCUUCUGCAGAGGAAGAUAUAACUGUGUCUGCUUCCAGGAUACCAGAAAUUAGCGGGAUGCCAUCUGGAGUUGAAAGCAGUGGGCUGCAUUCUGGAUUUAGCGGAGAAAUCUCCGGUACUGAACUAAUCAGCGGCCUGCCAUCUGGAGAGGAAAGUGGGCUCACCUCUGGUUUUCCUACCAUCUCUCUUGUGGACUCCACCUUGGUAGAAGUUGUAACAACGGCACCGGGACGGCAAGAGGAGGGAAAAGGAUCAAUUGGAGUCAGCGGUGAAGGAGAGCUAUCAGGGUUUCCAUCUGCUGAGUGGGACACCAGUGGAGGAGCCAGAGGGUUGCCCUCAGGAGCUGAAACCAGCGGGGAGCCCUCAGGGGUGCCUGAGCUCAGUGGGGAACCUUUCGGGGUGCCUGAGCUCAGCGGGGAACCUUCUGGGGUGCCUGAGCUCAGCGGGGAGCCCUCUGGGGUGCCUGAGCUCAGCGGGUUCCCCUCGGGGCUGGAUGUCAGCGGAGAACCUUCUGGAAUACCUGAGGUGAGCGGUGGGGUGGACCUCAGUGGCCUUACUUCUGGUGGUGAUGGAAGUGGUGAGGCCUCAGGCGUUACCUUUAUAAAUGCCAGCUUGGAGGAAGUGACAACCCCUUCAACCGCAGAAGCAGAAGCAAAAGAGAUUUUGGAAAUCAGUGGAUUGCCCUCAGGAGGUGGAGAGACAUCAGGCAUGGCGUCUGGGAGUUUGGAGGUCAGUGGUCAGCCUUCAGGACAUAUGGACUUUGGCGGGAGUGUUUCUGGGGUGCUUGAGAUGAGCGGACUUCCAAGCGGGGUCAUCGACGGCAGUGGAGAAGUCUCUGGUGUGGAUGUCACCAGCGGCCUACCUUCUGGAGAGGAAAGUGGACUCACCUCUGGCUUUCCUACGGUCUCUCUUGUGGAUACCACUUUGGUAGAAGUUGUAACGCAGACAUCAAUUGCACAAGAAGUGGGAGAAGGGCCAUCUGGGGUGAUGGAGAUCAGUGGAUUUCCUUCUGGAGACAGAGGACUAUCUGGAGAAGUGUCUGGAGCCGUGGAGUCUAGUGGGUUUCCUUCAGGGACAGGAGACUUCAGUGGAGAGCCAUCUGGGGUCCCGUAUUUCAGUGGAGACAUUUCUGGAGCUACAGAUGUAAGUGGACAACCUUCAGCAGUGACUGAUAUCAGCGGGGAGGUCUCAGGACUUCCAGAAGUCACUUUAGUCACUUCUGAUUUAGUAGAAGUUGUGACAAGACCAACGGUUUCACAGGAACUGGGUGGGGAAGCAGCUGUCACCUUUCCCUAUGGUUUUGGGCCAAGCGGUGAGGCCUCUGCAUCUGGUGAACUAAGUGGAGAAACAUCUGCACUGCCAGAAAGAGGUAUAGAAGCAUCAACAGUUUAUGAAACCAGUGGUGAAACAUCUGCAUAUCCUGAGAUUAGUGUAGAAACAUCCACAAUUCAAGAAAUCAGUGGGGAAACAUCUGCAUAUCCUGAGGUCAGUGUAGAAACAUCCACAAUUCAAGAAAUCAAAAUCAGUGGGGAAACGUCUGCCUUUCCUGAAAUUAGCACAGAAACAUCCACCAUUCAAGAAAUCAGUGGGGAAAGUUCUGCCUUUCCUGAAAUUAGCACAGAAACAUCCACCAUUCAAGAAAUCAGUGGGGAAAGUUCUGCCUUUCCUGAAAUUAGAAUAGAAACAUCCACCAUUCAAGAAAUCAGUGGGGAAAGCUCUGCCUUUCCUGAAAUUAGAAUAGAAACAUCCACAAGUCAAGAAGCCCGAGGUGAAACAUCUGGCUUUCCUGAGAUUACCAUAGAAGCCUCCACAGUCCAUGAAACCAGUGGAGAAACAUCUGCUUUCCCUGAAAUUACCAUAGAAGCCUCCACAGUCCAUGAAACCAGUGGAGAAACAUCUGCUUUCCCUGAAAUUAGCAUAGAGACAUCCACAGUCCAUGAAAUCAGUGGGGAAAGCUCUGCCUUUCCUGAAAUUAGAAUAGAAACAUCCACAAGUCAAGAAGCAAGGGGUGAAACAUCUGCAUUUCCCGAAAUCAGCAUAGAAACUUCGACAGUCCACGAAAUCAGUGGCGAAACAUCUGCAUUUCCUGAAAUUAGUGUAGAAACUUCAACAGCCCAUGAAAUUAGUGGUGAGACGUCUGCGUAUCCUGAAAUUAGAAUAGAAACAUCCACAAGUCAAGAAGCCCGAGGUGAAACAUCUGGCUUUCCUGAGAUUAGCAUAGAAACGUCCACUGUUCAUGAAACCAGUGGGGAAACAUCUGCAUUUCCCGAAAUUAGCAUAGAAACAUCAACAAGACAAGAAGCCAGGGGUGAAACCUCUGCCUAUCCUGAAAUUAGCAUUGAAACAUCCACCAUUCAAGAAGUAAGUGGGGAAACUUCUGCCUUUCCUGAAAUUAGAAUAGAAACACCCCCAAGUCAAGAAGCCCGGGGUGAAACAUCUGCCUAUCCUGAGAUCAGCAUAGAAGCCUCCACUCUCCAUGAAACCAGUGGGGAAACAUCUGCAUUGCCUGCUGUUAAUAUGGAAACUGCUGCCACAUCUCUGGCCAGUGGUGAGCCCUCUGGUGCUCCUGAGGGAAAGGAAAUUCAUGAUGAAACAUCGGGAGCUGCGACACACUCAGUCACAGGCGUUUCGGGGGAAACCUCUGUCCCAGACGUUGUAAUUAGUACCAGCACUCCAGAUGUUGAGCUAACGCAGGGACCCAGGAGCCCUGAAGAGGCUCAGCUCGAAAUAGAGCCCUCCACUCCUGCGGCAUCAGGACAAGAGACAGAAACAGCUGCUGUCCUGGACAACCCCCCUCUGUCAGCCACCGCUACUGCUGCUCUGCCUCAAGCCUCACAAGAAGCCAUCGAGGCAUUAGGACCCACUACAGAAGACACUGAUGAGUGCCACUCAAGCCCCUGUCUGAACGGAGCUACCUGCGCUGAUGGCAUCGACUCUUUCAAAUGCUUAUGCCUUCCCAGCUACGGAGGGGACCUGUGUGAGAUCGACCUGGAGAACUGCGAGGACGGCUGGACCAAGUUCCAGGGGCACUGCUACAGGCACUUUGAAGAGAGGGAGACGUGGAUGGACGCGGAGACCAGGUGCCGAGAACAUCAAGCCCACCUGAGCAGCAUCAUCACCCCAGAGGAGCAAGAAUUUGUGAACAGCCACGCGCAGGACUACCAGUGGAUCGGGCUCAGUGACAGAGCCGUGGAGAACGAUUUCCGCUGGUCCGACGGGCACUCACUGCAAUUUGAGAACUGGCGGCCCAACCAACCCGAUAACUUCUUCGCCGCGGGUGAGGACUGCGUUGUGAUGAUCUGGCACGAGCAAGGCGAAUGGAACGACGUCCCCUGCAACUACCACCUGCCUUUCACGUGCAAGAAAGGAACAGUUGCCUGCGGGGAUCCCCCCGUGGUGGAGAACGCCAGGACCUUCGGCCGGAGGAAGGACCGCUACGAAAUCAACUCCCUGGUGCGGUACCAGUGCGACCAGGGCUACAUCCAGCGCCACGUGCCCACCAUCCGCUGCCAGCCCAACGGGCAGUGGGAGGAGCCGCGGAUAUCCUGCAUAAACCCCUCCAGCUACCAGCGCAGGCUAUACAAGAGGAGCCCCCGGAGUCGGUCGAGACCCAGCGGCAGCGCCGUGCACAGACCCACCCAUUAG